CAUUAUGCAACCCAUGCGACGUUUUUCGCCUUGGCAGAUCACGUUUGACUCGAUGUGUUGGUCAUGUUGCAAGCAUUAUUGCUGUCCGCUGGCUUUAGCGCCAUUCCCCAAUUCCUGUCCGAACCGCACGCUUCGCUUGGUUACUCGAAACUCUGACCGGGGGGUUUCAGUGUCGCGAUGCAGUCGACGGAGGUCUAUUCGGACUCGUCGUGUGAGUCUCCGGUAACGUUGACCAUCACCUCGAGUGCAUCCUGUACGAGCUCGGACUGUGCGUCGACCACCAUCGCUGGCAGCACAUAUUACACCGCAACAAGCUGUCCGUCGAAUAUUUACUCGCACGCAGCAGACGUCUACGAUGACACAGAAUAUUUGCUGGUGGAUAUUUACAGCGGGACGGACUGCAAUACGUACAUCGAAUCGGUAGCGUUUGUAGCCUCAGGCGAGUGUCAAAUCGCUGGUACAGACGGUCAAAGUGUGAUUGCCACUUUGAACUCUAACGGGUCAGCGCAGGUGACGUACUACCUCGACGGCACGUGCACCCUCUCCACACAAACGUCGCUCUCGCUUACAGAGGACGAUCUCACAAACCACUCAUGUACCUCAGGCAGGAGAUACUACUCAAGCUCUGAUGGUUCUGCUACAAAUGGUGUGAGUAGUAGUUCAAGUGGUUCGUCAUCUUCCAGUUCAAGUGACAGCUCUGGAAUCGGCAGUGGUGCGAUCGCGGGGAUUAUCGUCGGUGUAAUCUUCGUUCUGGUACUUGUCGGUAUUCUUGUGUACAGACGAUGCCACCGACGCAGAGAGCAGCAACCUCACCGUGCUCCAGACUUCAGUCAGACGAGUGAUCUAAGAGAAGCAGCUUAUGAAGCACAGGCGAGCCCUGCAAAGCCUUAUCGACAGACGACCAUCACCACCACUUCAGACUUCGACCGUCGCCAUUCUGCGAAACUGUGGGACGACGACGUCAUCGUUGCAGCUCGCAUCCCUCGUGAGAAGGUAAAGGUGAAACAGCUCAUCAAUCGUGGUGGAUUUGGCGAGGUCUACAUUGGCAGCUACCAUGGCAAGGACGUCGCGGUGAAGAUGUUGCUACCUGAAACAAAGAAGACGAUGUCGCAAGUGAACGCCUUCCUGUCCGAAGUAAAGCUGAUGGCGAGUCUGGAUCAUCCUCGAAUCGUUUCAUUCAUUGGCGUCGCCUGGGAUCAACUCAUCGACAUUUGCGUUGUGUCCGAGUACAUGGCUGGUGGUGAUCUCAAGGCUCUGCUCAGUGACUAUGAAAAGAAUGGCCACCCGGUUGGUUUCGACCAUACCAAGGUCAAGAUUGCGCUUCAUGUUUCGAUUGCACUCACGUAUUUGCACUCAUGUGCACCGCCAGUGAUUCAUCGAGACCUGAAGUCGAAAAAUAUUCUGCUGGAUGAGGCGAUGGACGCUAAGGUGACGGACUUUGGCAUUUCUCGAGAACGCAUUGACGCGACUAUGACAGGAGGCAUCGGAACUUCUUUCUGGAUGGCGCCCGAGGUCAUGAUGGGCGAACGUUAUGACGACAAGGCAGACAUGUUUUCGUUCGGUGUGGUGCUGUCAGAGCUUGACUCCCACGUUAUGCCAUACGCUUUGUCCAAGAGCGAGAGUAGUACUGAAUCUUCAUCCUCUGUGAAGCCGAAUAAACUACCUAACGCUGCGAUCCUGCAGAUGGUGGCUGCUGGCAGACUGCGUGUUCAUUUCUCCGAAGCAGGACCGCAGUCGAUGGUGGACCUGGGACUUGCGUGUGUGUCGUUAGACCCGAAGGAGCGACCUACUGCAGCCGAAGCAUUGUAUAAGCUUCAGCAAAUCCUGGCCAAGGAGGUGUAAUUGUUUCCGAUCAGAAACGACAGAGGAGUAUACCAGGUGCAUGUAUGCAGACCCAGUGCCGUGCUGAAAUAUAACUCAUAUAUCAGUAUUCAUAUCGAAUAUUGAGCUUUUGUGUCCUAAA